UUAAUUUGAGGCUCAAUUAAUAGUUAAUUUUUAUCACAACAGUAUAUAUUAUGGCAAGACUUGUGGUAUAUAGUAGUGAUGAGGAGUUUCCAGAUGUAAAUGAGGUGAUUCGAGGGAAACCAGGAACAAAAACAACCAAAACAUCGACGACAACACGAAAAGUAUCGAAAGAAACGAAUAGGAAAGUCGACAGAAAUGAACCAGCGAAAAAUAAUUCAAGGAAGGAGAAGGGAGCGAUGGCCCCAGAUGUCAAGGAAUUGGAUAGCGAUGAGAUAAAUGGCUCUGAGAAUGCAAAACCUAAAGCUAGGAAACGCAUAUUGAAGCAGAAUAUUAAUUCGGAUAAUCCACUUUUAAAACCAUUGAGUAUGAGCACAAAGAAAUUGGGCAUGGAGCCUAGAAAGGCAUCAGCUUCUAACUCGGCUGUUCCGACGCACAAAGUGUUGAAGGAAGAAUCAAGGGAGAAACCAAGGGCUCGGAAACCUAUACCGGAUUCAGACGAAGAGGAAGAAGAGGAAGAAGACUACUCGGAUGAUCUAUCAGACUUCAUAGUGGAUGACGACGAUUCUGAUGUGUUCAAGACGCCGCCGAAAUCAAAUCGGAAAUUGGUCAGAGGUCGAAGGACGGUGGUGGAAGAAUCGAGCGAUAUCGAUACAGAAGAUGAAAUUUUACGCCAGCUUUUAGACAGAACUUCAAUUAACGACAAAGAUACACCUCCUGAAUUCAAAGCACCAGAGUUGAAACCGCCAAAAAGAAGCGAGAAAGUCGAAAUUCGACCAGGUACAUCUUCUAGCUUCGAUGACAAUGGAGCUGUUUUACGAUUGUAAGCAAGUAAAUUCCACAAUAGAAGAUAUAUGCUAAUAAAUCCAAGCUCCCCGUCACCCAGAAAAGUCUCCAAAGGAGUUCGACUAUCAACACCACCAGGAAGCCCGGAACUCAAACCUCGAGGACUCGUCUCGCCCAAAAAGUUAUCACGCAUACCAUCUACAUCCCAUCGUCCAAGUAUGGAUAGUUUCUGGUCCCAAGAUCUCGUCAACGACUGGAAUGAUCAAUACUCCCCCAUGAAAACACUCCAACCUCUUACCAAACCCAAACUCCAACCUCCUUCCACAUCGAACGGUACCAGUCUCUUUAAGAAACCCGUCCCAUCUAAACCCGCCCGUCUCGAUAAGGAUUCCAAAAAAGCAUUCUCAGCAGCCAAACACGCCAUCGCCUCUGAUUUCCUGGCCGAGCUCGACUCCAAAAUAACAUCCGGUCAAAUAGCCCAACUCUCCGCCUCCACAGGCGGUGUCCAAAUAAUCUGGUCCAAAAAACUCAUCACCACAGCCGGCCGCGCAAACUGGCGACGGGAAACCAUCAAACCCACCCCCAUGAGCAUAACCCCCAAGAAACCCCCACCACCCCAAAUACCGCCACUACGCCUCGAUCGAACUCGCGGAAAAAGUAAUCGACUCCGAACCACGCCUUCUAAACGUCCUCGCGCAUGAAUUCUGCCAUCUAGCUAACUUCAUGAUCUCAAACAUAAAAACCAAUCCUCACGGGAAGGAAUUCAAAAUCUGGGCCUCGAAAUGCUCUUCCGUAUUCGCCCAUCGCGGUAUCGAAGUUACGACUAAACAUAGCUAUGAGAUUGAAUAUAAAUAUGUGUGGGAAUGUACGGAGCACGCCUGCAGAACACUGUUUAAACGUCAUUCGAAAAGUAUUGAUAUCCAAAGACACAGGUGUGGUGCUUGUAAGGGGGUUUUGGUGCAGAUUCAACCGGUGCCUAGGGGUACGGGUAAGGGGAAGGGUGCGCCGGGGAAGGAGAAUGAGUAUCAGGUUUUUGUGAGGGAGAAUAUGAGGAGGAUUAGGGAGGAGAAUCCGGGGAGUCCGCAGAAGGAGAUUAUGGGGCUGGUGGGGAAGAGAUAUCAGGAGUUUAAGGCUAGUAAGGCUGCGAAGGGUGGAGGGGAGAUGGUGGGUUUGAAGCAGAGUACAGUUGAUGAUGAGGAAGAGGUGGAAGUCGUUUCGAGGAAACUGGAUUUCCUGGACUUGACAACCCCUUGAAUUGUUCUCGGAGAAUCAAAUUUAUUCUUUGAGAUUUGUUAAUUG